AAUGGCUACGUGUAAUCACAGAUUGUUGUAGAUAGAUUUGAGUUUAAGGGUUUUUAAAUUUAUAAAAAUUAAUUUGUCAUGGAUAAGUCUAUGAGUCAAAAGGAAUAUUUAAAGAAGUAUUUAUCUUCUGAAAAUGGAAAAGAAAAAAAGAAGAAGAAACUCAAGGUUGGUCCAAAAACAGUAAAAAUCAUAGAUGAUGACAUAGACCUCAAGAAGCUCAGACCAAUAGAAGAUGGUGAAUUUGACAUAUUCAUCAACGGAGAGGAUGCACCUCAAAUAGCAGGAAUAAUUGAUGAACGCGGCCCGGUUGAUUUCUCUGACAAGAAAAAGUGGAAAAUUAUAGCCGACAAUGAAGAUGGAGAAUUGCGAUUUAAAAGUAGCGAGAGAGAACAACAGGACGAUACUGUUGUAUCGGAUAAAAAGGAAAGAGAAACUAGAAGACGUAAAAAAGACUAUGAUUCAGAUUCGAGUACAAUUAGGAAAAAUAAAACGAAUGAAGAUUCGGAUGAUAGUUUAUCAAGGAGAAAUAAAAAGAAUAAUCGAUCAGAUAUUAAACAUUCUAAAAAAACUAAGCAUGAUUAUGAUUCAGAUUUGAGUCCACCUAGGAAAAGUAGAAAGGACGAUGAUUCCGAUUUGAGUCCACCUAGAAAAAGUAAGAAGAACGAUGAUUCGGAUUUGAGCCCACCUAGAAAAAGUAGGAAAGGCAAUGAUUCAGAUUUGAGUUUACGUAGAAAAAGUAGAAAGAACGAUGAUUCGGAUUUGAGUCCACCUAGAAAAAGUAGGAAAGGCAAUGAUUCAGAUUUGAGUCUACGUAGAAAAAGUAGGAAGAACGAUGAUUCGGAUUUGAGUCCACGUAGAAAAAGUAGGAAGGACGAUGAUUCGGAUUUGAGUCCACCUAGAAAAAGUAGGAAGGACGAUGAUUCGGAUUUGAGUCCACCUAGAAAAAGUAGGAAGGACGAUGAUUCGGAUUUGAGUCCUCCUAGAAAAGAUAGAAGACAGCAUAAUGAUUCCAAAAGUAAACGAUUUAAAGAUUUAUCUAAAUCUCAUAAAAAAUACAGUAAAAAGGAUUCAAACUCUUCUCAUAAAUAUAAGGAUUAUGACAGUGAUCAAAGUCAAGUACUUAGGCAAUCAAAAUAUGAAAGGCAUUCUUCAAACAAGAUUAAAAAGAAUAGAUGGAAAGAUCAUGAUAAUCAUUAUAAACAUCACACAAAAUGGGAUGAUCAAAACGAUAGAAACGAGUCGACAAAUAGUGAAAAUACGACACAGGAUACAAAAAUGAAGAAAACUUUAAGCGGUAAGAGUGCUGGUUUGCAGGAUGCAAAAUCAUUACGCGAAGAAUCAGAGGCUUUUAAAAAACGUGAAGCUGAAAUGUUUAAUAAGUUAAGCAAAGAAAUCACCGGUGCUGGUCAAAAGGCCAUCUUACGAGAUUCUAAAACUGGAAGGAGACGUAAUUUAGAAGCUGAAGCGGCAGUAGAACGUGAAAAACAAAAGCGUCAAGAAGAAUUGAAUGAAAAAUAUGAAAAAUGGGGUAAAGGAUUGAAACAAGUAGAAGAUAAAGAAGAAAAAUUAAAGAAUUAUCUUCAUGAAAUAAGCAAACCAUUGGCAAGAUACGCGGAUGAUGCUGAUUUAGACAAAGCACUUAGGGAACAAGAAAAAGAAGGUGAUCCGAUGUUGGAAUAUAUUAGGAAGAAAAAAAUAAAAGAAGGAAAAAUAAAACCUGAUGAACUACGAUACCAAGGAUCUUUUACGCCUAAUCGUUUUGGUAUCAAACCUGGUCAUCGUUGGGACGGAGUCGAUAGGAGCAACGGAUACGAAAAGAAAUGGUUCGAAGCACAAAAUGCAAAAACAGCAUUGCAAGAGGAAGCAUACAAAUGGAGUACAGCUGAUAUGUAAUAUAUAUAUAUAUUUUAUGAUUUUUUUUUUAAGAGAACUUUCUUUGUUAUAAUUUUAAGAUUAUAUCAGAUGAUAAUAUUCAAAUUCUGGCAUUGAUAAUAAAAUGUAUAUUAAUUUUUUAAUAUCGAGUUAUGUAUCGAUGCAUUCUGAGGAUAUAUAACAUCAUUCAAACAGUUAAUUAAAUGAACAAUGAAAAAAAAAAAAAAAAACAAUUAUAUUUUAUAAUGAAAGUUCUAUGUAAAAUAAGUUCCUUCUUCGUUUAACCAUUGUUCGAAUUGCCACAAAUUCAUUUUUAUCCAUUUGAUAUUACUUUCAAUAUCUUCAAUCACAUUUUUCUUCAUAUUUGCAUUUGGACCAAUGUUUGGAUAUUUAUCGAAGAAAUUUUUUACCUACGAUAUUAACGUAUAAAAUAUAAAUCAAUCUAAGUUCAUAUUCAAACAAAAUACCUCCAUCAAUUUUUCUUCAUCUUUGAAUAAAGAGAUGGCUGCUCCUAUAACUGCAUCCACAGCGUGAUCGUUUAAUGCAAAUUUUUCGAUUAAAUUUUCCCAAUGAUUUCUAUAAAAAAAAAAAAAAAAAAAUAAGGAUUUCAUAUUUACAAUUAAAAUAUUUUUUUAAUUUUAACGAAAAAUUACCUAAAAAAGUCCCAGACUAUAUCAAGACCAACUGGAUUUAGAGCGAUAUUACUGAUGACUUCAAAAAAAUCUUGCCUACGAACAACUUUCUCGUCCUGUAUCUUCAGAAGAUAUCUACGUUAAGAUUAAUUUUAAAUAUAUAAUCAUUAUUUAAUUCGAUAUAAAAAUAUUUAACACGUACUUAUUGAGAAUAUCCUUGUUUCUAACAGCUGCUAAUCUUAUCAACAAUCUUUUUUUUUCUUGCACGUCUGCCUCUCUUAAAAAGAAUUCCCACAUUUUUUCGAAUAUCGGUUCAGCCUCCUCGUUUGGCAAAAA